CGUAUGGAAAUCGGAGGGUGAAUAAAAAACUCGCGCGGGUCUAUUAUCUUUCCUGCACCUCAUGUAUAAAAACCUAAACUAAUGCUGGCUGGGAUACUACUGACGCUUUCGACACGCACUGUCUCCGCUAACACUCUUCCUGCCGCUAUCCCCGAGACUGACUGACUUCACAAUCGGACGGAACACCGUUACGCAGAAGUUUGUCACCCAUUAAGGAAAAAUGAGGCACCGUGAUAUAUCCUCGUGCCUCUUGCUGUGCUUUCAGUGUCUAGUCGUCAUGGUGAUACUGCUCUGCAAUGUCCACCAUGUGACAGCAGAACAUGCUCAAGACCAUGGCCUGGAUCAUAGUUCUCCUGCCAACAAAUCUCUGACCUGUGGUGGUGGGCCACCCUUAUGUUCCCCAGGAGUCAUCCUUCCAGUGUGGGAACCCCAAAACCCUUCCUUUGGGGACAAAGUGGCUCGGGCGACAGUUUACUUUGUGGCAAUGGUAUACAUGUUUCUUGGUGUGUCGAUUAUUGCUGACCGCUUCAUGGCAUCUAUCGAGGUCAUCACCUCUCAGGAAAAGGAGAUCACCAUUAAGAAAUCAAACGGUGAAACAACCACCACUACUGUACGCAUCUGGAACGAAACCGUAUCCAACCUCACCCUAAUGGCGCUGGGGUCGUCUGCUCCUGAAAUUCUGCUCUCAGUCAUUGAGGUGUGUGGCCAUAACUUUGAAGCCGGUGACCUUGGACCCGCUACCAUCGUAGGAAGUGCAGCUUUUAACAUGUUCGUCAUUAUCGGAAUCUGCGUCUACGUUGUUCCUGAUGGAGAGCUUCGCAAAGUAAAGCACCUUCGUGUUUUUUUUGUCACUGCUACUUGGAGCAUCUUUGCCUACCUGUGGCUCUACCUGAUCUUGGCUGUUAUCUCACCUGGUGUUGUCCAGGUGUGGGAGGGACUUCUUACUCUUUUCUUCUUUCCCAUUUGUGUGGUCUUCGCUUGGGUUGCUGACCGCCGCCUCCUAUUUUACAAGUAUGUUUACAAGCGCUACCGAACUGGCAAACACCGUGGCAUGAUCAUUGAGACUGAGGGUGACCGUCCUCUGCCAUCCAAGGUGGAUAUUGAGAUGGAUGGGAAAAUGUUGAACUCUCAUGCGGUAGACUUCUUGGAUGGAACUCUGGCUUUUGACCUGGAGGAUAAGGAUCUGGAUGAGGAGGAAGCCAGGCGUGAAAUGGUGAAGAUCCUAAAAGAACUGAAGCAAAAACAUCCAGAUAAAGAGGUGGAGCAGUUGAUCGAACUUGCUAAUUAUCAGGUGCUAAGCCAACAGCAGAAGAGCCGAGCAUUCUACCGAUGCCAAGCAACACGUCUGAUGACCGGCGCAGGUAACAUUUUAAAGAAACAUGCAGCAGACCAGGCUCGGAAAGCAGUAAGCAUGCACGAGGUACGCAGCGACACUGGAGAGAACGAUCCCAUUUCUAAGAUCUUUUUUGACCCUGGCUCUUACCAGUGCCUGGAAAACUGUGGAACUGUGGCAGUGAAUGUUGUUAGACGUGGAGGCGAUCUCAACCAGACAGUGUCUGUGGAAUUCCGCACAGAAGACGGGACCGCAAACGCAGGCUCAGACUACGAAUUCACUGAAGGCACCGUUGUUUUCAAGUCAGGCGAGACUCAAAAAGAGAUUCGAGUUGGAAUUAUUGAUGAUGACAUCUUUGAGGAGGACGAGAACUUCCUUAUCCACCUCAGCAACAUUCGGAUGCUUCAUGAAGAUGCCGAGCCAGAGACCGCUGAAGCUAAUCAUGUAGGGACCAUUGCAACACUUGGUGUGCCCUCCACAGCUACAGUCACCAUCUUUGAUGAUGACCAUGCCGGAAUCUUCACAUUCGAAGAACCUGUGACCCACAUUAGUGAGAGUGUGGGUGUAAUGGAAGUGAAGGUCCUGCGUACAUCUGGUGCACGUGGGGUGGUGUCAGUUCCAUAUAAAACCAUUGAGGGAACUGCGCGUGGAGGAGGAGAGGACUUUGAAGACAGCCAUGGUCUUCUGGAGUUCCAAAAUGACGAAAUCUUCAAAAUGGUAAAAGUCAGGAUAAUUGAUGACGAAGAAUACGAGAAGAACAAGAGCUUCUUCCUGGAGAUUGGAGAGCCUCAGCUUGUAGAGACCAAUGAGAAGAGAGAGGAGGAGAAAGUGGCAGAGCAGGAAGAACAGGAGCCUCUGACGGGCGAAGAGGAAGAGGAACGUCGUAUCGCUGAGAUGGGGAAGCCAAUGCUCGGAGAUCACCCCAAAAUGGAGAUCAUCAUUGAAGAGUCCUAUGAAUUCAAGAACACUGUUGACAAGCUGAUUAAAAAGACAAACUUGGCACUUCUAGUUGGCACCAACAGCUGGAGGGACCAAUUCAUUGAGGCAAUCACAGUCAGUGCUGGUGAAGAUGAUGAUGAGGAGGAAUGCGGAGAGGAGAAGCUUCCGUCCUGUUUUGAUUAUGUCAUGCAUUUCCUCACCGUCUUCUGGAAAGUUCUCUUCGCCUUCGUCCCACCCACCGAUUACUGGAAUGGGUGGGCAUGUUUUGUGGUGUCAAUCGUCAUGAUUGGCUUUCUGACAGCAUUCAUCGGAGACCUGGCAUCCCACUUCGGCUGCACCAUUGGACUCAAAGACUCUGUCACCGCAGUGGUGUUUGUGGCUCUUGGCACUUCAAUUCCAGACACCUUUGCCAGCAAAGUGGCCGCGAUACAGGACCAGUACGCUGACGCAUCCAUUGGAAAUGUGACAGGGAGCAAUGCCGUGAACGUCUUCUUGGGCAUCGGAGUAGCGUGGUCCAUCGCUGCCAUCUAUCACAACUCCAAGGGCCACGAGUUUAAGGUGGAGCCGGGUAACCUGGCCUUCUCCGUUACCCUCUUUACUAUUUUCGCCUUCAUCUGCGUAGCGGUGCUCAUGUACCGCCGCCGGCCCGACAUCGGCGGCGAGCUGGGGGGUCCGCGGACUGCUAAAGCACUGACCACCAUGCUUUUCGUCAGCCUCUGGCUCCUCUACAUCCUGUUCUCCUCUCUGGAGGCUUAUUGCCACAUCAAGGGCUUCUAAACGCACAGUCACACUCAUAUAUACAAACAAACACACUCAGAACUACACUCCUCCACACAGUGACAUACAUGUUCAUGCAUUCUGAGAAAAAUACGUGAAGAUCACGGAAAAAGUUAAUGACUAAUGACUGCAGAGGAAGGCAAACAAGUUUUUGGGUUUAUGUGGAUAAUCAUUACCACAAACUGUGUUAUCUGUAAGCUUUUUUCAUUGAGCCAUGGAACUCUGGGUAAUGUAGUUCAGUGUCUUUGAUAUAUCUUUUGUCUUUUUGGGAAUUUAGGUCGAGUUUUUUGGGUGGCAGAGAUAAUGUACAUACUGCCCUGCAAAGCCAAAACACAAUAACUAUGAAAGUUAUGAAAGUCUCACUCUGUUUUCUUUAAAUAUGAGCAGUUGCACCAAACCUGUCUGUCACUGGGAAGGUCAUAGUGUAAGAGAACAUUUUUGAUCAUAACUUAAUUUUGACUAAAUGUGUAGAUACUGCAUUUUGGUUUUGCAGAGCAGAAUACUCCUAGAACUUGCAGACAGACAAAAUUACGCAACUUAUUUUGGUUUACAGAUAAGCACAUUUUUUUUGUGUGUGUUUGUGUUUUUUAACACAGUUUGACCUUAAAUUAUAGUGGCCCUAACAAAAAGUAGUCAGCUGCUGCCUUGAACAUCCUCCUAAACAGCUUAGUGAUGUUGUCAAAAGCAGGUCCGUGUACUAAUUUCAGUGAAGGCCAGUUUUUAUACCACUUGCACUGGUGAAGUUAGUUUCCUACGUUUUCAGCAAAAGUUUAGUUAAAAAAGGAAUCAGUUAUAUAAUAAGGAGAGUGCAGUAAAGACUGUAAUCCCUCCCAGCUUUAGAGACCAGAGAUACACUAGUGCAAGAGCCUUGAUCUGACAUUCUUAAAGAUUUUAAUGUGCCAUUUAAAGAGCUCAGCAUUAAGGGAUUCCUGAUGGAAACACCAGCUUGGCAUGAAUUUCCAUCAUGGUCACGGCUGGUUAAUACUGGUCAAAUAACGGUCAUAACUGUCCAAAAUUAUUUUUUUAUAUUUGUCAGAAAAGAUUCAGAAGGACCCAGGGAUGCAGAGAGAAAAAGAUUAUUUAUUAAAUGGGGAAAAUGUAUUUAAAAAAAAAAUGUAAUCCACAAGGCAAAAUAUAGUCAUGAAGGUGGAAAAAAUAAAGUUCAAAGCAUGUUGGGGGGCGGGAACAAGGAUAAUCUACUCCAAGGAUAUGGCAUUGAAUAUCACAGUUCAUAAAACAUGUCAAAGAAAACAAAAAGGCAAAAAUCCUAGGAGGCAGGAACAGUGGCGUGGUUACAGGUAGUCGGUCCACAAGCAGACAGCAACGCUGGAGAAAAGUGUGCGUGGACAGAACCAAAGCAUCAGGUUCUUGGGAGGAGAACAGAGGAGGUUGGUAGCCUAAACAGCACUGGAAGGGUGACAAUACCGGCAAUAUGUAGACGAUACUGGCAACGAGUUGUGGGCAUAUUCCUCAAAGUCAACAGCUCUCGAGAGGCCGCGCAAUGCAGGACCCACUCCAGAUCCUGGUUGGCUUGCUCAGCUUGCCCAUUGGUCUGGGGAUGGAACCCAGAGAACAGACUUAACGGUCGCACCCGUCAGAGUCUGUUGGGAGGCCCUGGAUGUGAAACAAGUAGUCUAUUGCAGUAACUGCUGUCUCCCUCGCUGAUGGUUCAUUUGGGAAUUUCACAAGUUAAAGGGCAACACACUGGGAAUAUGCGUAUGUGCAGACACACAGAGAAAACCAACAUACGCACCAGAACCAUGACAGAAUUUACAUGCUGGUCAACCAGGUUGGUUAAUGGUGGUUAGUGUGGUUAAGCCAGGCUGGUUAAUGGUGGUCAACAAGGAUGGUAAUUGAUUAGUGCUGGGCAACCAUGCAGGUUAAUAGUGGUUAGUGCUGGUAAAUCAUCAUAGUAAUGCAAAACUGUUCCAACAUCCAAAAAUUUUCAUGCUGGUCAACCAGGCUGGUUAUUUGAUAGUGCUGGUCAACCAGUCUCGUUAGUGCUGGUCAUCCAGGAUUAUUAAUUGUUAAUGCUAGUCAGUCAGGCUUGUUAAUGCCGUUUUGUGCUGGUCAACCAGGCUGGUUAAUGGUUAGUGCUGGUUAACCAGCACAGCCAUGCAAAAUAUUGCAGAAUUUGCAUACUGGUCAAAGUUGUUUAAUGCUGGUUAUUCAGGCUGGCUAGUGGUUAGUGCUUUUCAACCAAACUGGUUUAUGCCGGUGAUUGUGGAUAAUAGUUAGUGCUGGUCAACCAGGCUGGAUAAUUGUUAGUGCUGGACAACCAUGUCCAGGUUAAGGCUGGUGAACCAUGCUGUUUAUUGUUUGGUGCUGGUCAAUCAGGCUGGUUAAUGCUGGUUAAUUAUGGUCAGCAAGGCUGAUAAAUGGGUAAUGCUGGUCAGCCAGGCUGGUUAAUGCUGGUUUUUGCUGGCCAACAAGGCUGGUUAGGGUUUAGUGCUGGUCAACCCGGAUGGAAAUUGUGUAAAGUCAACAGUGGAAUUUGUGUAUGAAAAUGCUUUUGCCAACAUCUCAUCAAGGAGUUUACUUUAAAGACUGUUACUUGCCAUCCAAACAAACACACAUUCAUUAACACACACCACAACCACAUAAACACUAACUGAACAGCAAAAACAGUGGCCAUACCUGACAUACUUACAAUCUAGCUCAUGCAAGGAUUAAUAAUUGGUGAAAAAAUACACUCAUCUGUGGAGUUUACGAGGGAACACUCCCUCCAUCCCUGCUGAGAUUGUUUCUUUGUACUAUGUAGAUUUGCUGCAUACAGAUCUGUAAGGUAAAUUCAUAGAGUAGCCAUGGUUUUAGGAGCAGCCAUUUUUGACAUAAGCCAGUUUUAAAAUGAGAAAUUAUAGAACUAAUCAGAAUUUGACUCUAAACAUCAUUAAAAAAAAAAAAGCAUGGUUUAAACAAAGAAUAAUGUAUAAGCUUACAUUUUUCAGAGUAGCUUGGAUUGAAAAUGUGAAACCGCAAUCUUUCACUCUUUUGAAUGGAACAGAUUGCAGUUGUCUCAAUAUACAUUGAAGUUAUUUUAACUUAAUACAUUGCACUAAUGUAACUGAGAGAUGCGAUGCAUUUGUCAAAAAUGGCAGUCUAACGCAUUUUUGCAAAGACAAAAUAUUAAAAAGCAGUGCAUUUGUUGUGAAUGGCUACUUUGCUCAGUUUAUAAAACAAAUAUUAGUAGAUGUGACAUAAAUAUUUUGAACACUAUAGUGUAGUUUGCUCUUAAGUUGCCAAAGGGAAAAUCUUUCUUAUUGAGAACUGCAGUGUGCCACACAGCCCCUGAAUUGGCUUUUGUAUCUCAAAUCUGAAUUUUUCACUCACACCAAAAAUAUCCUUGCAAUUAAAAGGAAGGCCUUGGUGACAUUUCUUAUGAGUGUUCCUACCUUAUUCGAGAGGUCCAGACUACACCUCUUUUACUGCAUCUGAGCACCAACUUCCCUUGUGAUAAAGGGAGUGUCUUAAGUGUUUAUAAAAGGAAUUUUGGAAAUUGAAAGGCACAGGGAUUUGGAGUAUCUGUAGCUUGAUUUUGAAAGAGAAUGAAAAAAUUACUAAUUAAAUGGCUGUUUAUUCUUUUUUUUUGUUUUAAUGAAAGAAAAAAUGUGGUACCAGCUCCAGUGUAUUUCGAUAUGAAAGUGAUGACCCUGAUGAAAAUGGCCCAGUGUUGCUUGCUAAUUGCAAGCUCCACCUGAAAAGACACCACAAACAAUUAAGAAAAAAAAAAGUCAGUAUAACAGGACAGACUUUUUCUCCUGAAGCCUAAUAUCCAUUCAACCAACAACAAAAAAAAGAAAACAAAAAAAGAGAUGAAUUCCAAAGGAAUUUGGGUUUGGUGAAACCAUGUGAAUUACAGCCAUACUCUAUGUUCUGCCAACAACUUUCACAGACUCUCGCCGACUGACUGCACAAUCAAACCGGAGGUGUGUCUACAUUUAUGGGUGUAUGAGACAUUUAAAAUGUACAUGGUCUCUAAGGUUUAUAAUCUAUAUGUAUUUGCUUUGGGCAGAGCAGUGGUCAACGAAUUUGUGCCUGUACAUCUGCACUCACCACAUGUGGGUGUGCUUGUAUAUCAGGGCGAGACUGCAUUUGACUCUGUGAAACCUAACCCCUCCCCAUGCCCCACCCUCAUGUUUGCCAUGUCCAUAUUUGGAAUGUUAAUGUGCUUCGUGUUGACAAUGCAUGGAUGCUAACCUGUCUGUAUAUAGUAUGCAGAAUUCCCUUCAUUAACAUAGUCGACAGAGGUUUGAAAGCUGUAUAGAUAUUCAGAAUUGUAUUUGUAUGUUUGCUUGUUUAUCGUUUCAAUUCUCCUGUAAGUUUAAAAGUGUUUUUUUUUUUUUACUUGCACAAGUAUAUUAAAAAGGCAGUAUCUGUUGUUUGGUACAGGAGCACAUAUACUAACAAAAGGAAGCAAUAUAUCAAGGUCCUCUGCUUGGUUGUUGUGGUGGUUGUAUUAUUUAACAGAAUAAGAUUCAGAUAUGUAUGUAUAUACUGUACAUUAGAAAGAAGACAGAGUCGCCACUCUGGCAUUAUCACAGAGAGAAUACAGCAUAUUUAUUUGAGACCUUUACGAACUUAUGACAAAUAUUGCCUUUUGGAUUUAUUGUUGCAUAGAGCUGGUUUUGUUCUAGUUUUUCACUGAGCAGUGUGUGCGAGUGUGUGUAUAUGUGUGUCUCCCUGGUCUGGAGCAGUAUGUGAUAUUGGUAAGAAUUAGUCCACCCAAAAAAUGUACAUUCUAUCAUUAUUAACACGCUCGUGUUGUUCCCAACCCAUAGGGCUUUCCUGCAUUAAAUUCCAAACAACUUGAUCUCAUGAAAACGACGUGACCACGUUGUUUACACAUGCUUUAUUACACGUUUUGCUGCAGUUUCCCAGUGAAAUGUCCAGUUGGGGCUACCAAAAGCGAGUGAAAUGGUGACGUAAUCAUACAAGGUUUUAAGUUGAAUGUUAGAUGGUGGUUUUAAUGCGUAAAAUGUACUCCCUAACUUAAAACUUCAACCUAAACAAUAGUGUCCUUAAAGCAAAUUUUCUGAAGCAACCACUUAAUUGUGUGUCGCUUCUAUGGCACAUUCAUCUCACGUGUCCACUUGCAUGCUUGACUUGUCUCGGAACGGCAUAUUUCAGAGGGUGAGUAAAUAAUGGCAGUAUUUUGAUUUUUGGGUGAACUAAUCCUUAGAGGAAACAAAUAAUCUGUUAUUUAUGUAUCUGCUCUUUGUCUGUAAACCAUCUUGCAAAGCUCUGUGAACCAUCUGGAAAAUAUCUGUAAAACAUUGGGAGAAUGUGUGUGAGACAUCAGGGUAAUGUUUGCCUUGUGUAUGUCCUCUACCCCCUCACUCUUCCUCACAACUCAGAUGGACUGUAGUUUUCAGGGGUUUAAUACCAAUCUUUGAUAAUAUUAUUUACUCCUCCCCUCUCUCUCCCCCCUAACUCUCCAAUUCAAGGCCUCACUAACAUGUUGCAUUGAUGUGUCCAGUGCUGAAAUUAUAUGGGUUGUAAGUUGUAAACAAAUGCAGCAGUGUUUGUGUAAAGACUUUGCUGAAAUUCCUGAACAGUACAUAUACUUGUCUGUGUGUAUACGAUUACAUUGUACUUAUUUAUAUGGUAUAAAUUUAUCAAAUUUAUAAAGGUUGCAAACCAAUUUCAUCAACAUGGCAGAAAGCGCUCAUGCCAAAGCAGGACUGAAUGUAAUGAGUGUUAACAUAAUAGCUGGUCUAAAUGAAGUUUCAUUAUCUUAUCGGUCUUGUACAGAUCGAGGGGCUCAAAUCAUUGUGUGUGUGUGUGUGUGUGUGUGAUUACUGCAAGCAAACGCUGAGAGUCAUGUUAAUGCAAAGUGUGUAUGGCCUUGCAGCAUAGUGUGUCUUACACUGUUCUCUGUCAUAUAGGCUUAUUAAAGCAGUCUCUAUUUUCCUCCUAACUCUCUCAAUCUUAUCUAUCUCUCUUGCACUUUUUGCUUUGUAUCACGCUUUUUGUUUUGAUCGUUAGGUUGUUUUAAUUUAGAUCUAAAUAACUGAUUUUUUUUUUAAUUUAUUUUUUUUUGUGUUUGUGUUGCAUCUAAUAAGAUGGACGUCCACUAACUGUGAUUGCUCCCUUAGUACACCUCUACACAGGAAAUAAAGUUUGGGAUAUCCU